AUGUCGGGCGGUUGGAACACCAUCGAGUCCGAUGCCGGGCUCUUCACGAGCAUGAUGGAAGAGCUGAAAGUCGAAAACGUACAAUUCGAAGAGCUCAUCUCGCUCGACGAAGAUUCCCUGCAACAGCUCAACCCCAUCGGCGUCAUCUUCCUCUUCAAAUACCAAACAGACGAGAAACGCAGCAAAGAUACACCCCUCGACGGCGAAUUCGACUAUGCAGCACUGGAAUACAAGGACGACGAAGAGCCCGUGUGGUUCGCCGCACAAACGAUUCAAAACGCCUGCGGCACACAAGCACUACUCAGCGUGCUCUUGAAUAAAGAUGGGACACAGGAAGAAGGCAAAGUGAACAUUGGCCCAAAUCUGAAGGAGUUCAAAGAAUUCACCUCCGCCUUCCCCUCCGACCUCCGCGGCGAAGCCCUCUCCAACUCCGACCUAAUCCGCUCCGUUCACAACUCCUUCGCCCGCUCCUCGCCCUUCGUCUCCGACGAAACCCGCAUGGCCACCUCCUCCGACGACGUCUACCACUUCAUCGCCUACACCAGCAUAAACUCCACCCUCUACGAGCUCGACGGUCUCCAGCCCGCACCAAUCCGACAUGGCGACGUGGGUGCUUGCCCUUCCGAGAUCUUCGCAUCUUCCGUGAUCCCGGUACUGCAGCGACGCAUUGAGCGAUAUCCGCAGACAGAGAUACGAUUCAAUCUAUUGGCCAUGUGUGAGGAUUUGAGGAGUCGAGCGAGGGAGGUUGGAGAUGAGGAGUGGUUGAUGAGGGAAGAGGCGAAGAGGAGGGAGUGGAGGUGGGAGAAUGCGUUGAGGAGACAUAAUUUCGUGGGGUUCAUUGCGGAGGUGAUGAAGGGUGUGACGGGCCAGAAGUUGAAGGAGGGAAAGUACGAUGCGUGGGUGGAGGAUGCGAAGAAGGUGACGAGUAAGAGGAUGGAAGAGAGGCAGAAGAAGGGCGAGGCGCCGGAUGAGAUGGAUAUGUCGUGAGGAGGUGUCGAGCAUUGGCAGGGUCAUGUCCCUGAGACAGCGAUGAAGCUACGCUGAUUGGAAACUGUCGCUGGUGCGAGUGAGAAGCAUAGGCGCAGUCGCGGACACGGAGAUGGCUCGCAAUGGCUUCCGGCUGGCAUGCAGACUCUCCAGCACUUGAGGCCGUGCUCAUCGACACGAGGCGCAGGGUGCAUCAGUGAUCAGAGCGACACGAGAGAGUGCAAAAGCAAAUGACAAUACGCGGUGCACAGGCCGCAGUCGACGAGAACUGUCUCUCUCGCAAACAUUAGACAUUGCUCUCACAAAGUGAGACAGGAUAUCUGAGCUCGCCGUCAUCAAAGUGGGUAUCCGCACUCGCUGAAAGACCCGCUCGCAAACCCGCUCGAAACACACCGCUCGCUGUCGAUAGCUCUCCGUAAUUAUCACGCUUUUUG